CAUAUAGUGUGCAGCAGGUUAUUGAAAGGCGUCGUCUGCUCUCAGAUGAAAGAUUAGACCAUCCUUCUAUUGAGUUUGACAGGGACACCCUCAGCAUGCUCAGCAAGGAAGAAGCCAAUAAGGUUCAGGAGCUGAGGCAGUUGAAUGGGGAAGAGCUCGAAGGAUUGGACACAAAGGAAUUACAGAAGCUUGAAGAACAAUUAGAAAAAGGUUUGAGCCGUGUUGUCAAAGCAAAGGAUGAAAUGAUGUUGAAAGAGAUCCGUGCGCUCAAGAUAAAGAGAAUCCAAUUGAUGGAAGAGAAUCAGCGACUAAAACAGGGGAGGAAUGUUUCGCAAGAACAAGGUCAGUCAUCUGAGUCAGCCAACAUUGGCAGCAUAUUUGAUCCUCCACAUGACGAUGAUAGUUCAGACACUUCUCUCAGAUUGGGAUUGUCUUUAUUUAAAUAAACUAAAGAUGUGAUGCACUAUGGAGCAGAGCCAGAUACUCUGACGUUUUCAUUCUUUUUAGGUGAAAUUUAACCGUUGUGGGAGUUUUUUCUUCCUGUUAUUUCAAAACUUAAGUUUGCUUAAUCCAUGUAAGUAGGUGUUGCUCACAUAAAUUGAACAAUGAACAUAUAUAUAUAUAUAUAUAUAUAUCCGAUGAUAUUUUAUACUUGUAUUUG